UAUUCCGUGUUUCAAUCUUCAGUCGAGAGAAGAGUGUGUUUCAGUCAACAUCUCGGUGUGACUUCGCGCGUCUUCAGUAGAGUCUGUGUAGUUCUAGUGUUUUUUGGACUCCCCAUUUCACUACUGAGUGUGAUUUUUGUGAUUAGAGUGGUUUUAUCAUCUCUCAUCAUCAUGGAUGUGAAUGGGGAAUCGCCUUCUGCACAGAAAGGCUGAUAAUGUAAUGUGAAUGAAUGUGAAGAAACUGGUUCUUUUCUAUAGAGUGGAUAUUUGAUGGUCGUCCGGUAAUAUAUACGGAACAAAAGGUUUUCUAUUUAGUGAUAAACAGUGUAAGAAACCAACCCUCAAAGAUAAUAAAUGAAUUAUACAUAAAAUUGAAAAGGAUUUCGAAAAAGAAUAAAGUGAAUAGCAAUCAGUGGAAAACAAGUAUCAGAAAAGGCUUAUAAUGAAAAUAAAGGCUAGUGCGAAUCAAGAUUGAUGAGAAAAGUUGAGAUUAAUUAGGAUUAUUCGCCGACUUUUAUUGCUGGAGCAGCGUCUUGUCAUUGUGUGAGUGCUUGUGCCAGAAAAGGAUACAUCCAGCAGUGAACAUCAGGAUUCAAGGAAAACACACAUACACUAACGUAUAGCUUAAUAGCGAGCCGACGAGCCUACUAUUCUAUACUGUGGUGGAUUGUGGUGCAGUGAAACGAGUGGAACAGCCAUCAGCAGCAGCCUACUUGGAUUAUGCAUAUACGCCGUCGACAGCAACAAUAACAAUAGUGUUGUAGCCCGUCAUAAGCAUCAGUUGGGGAAAUUGCAGCCGAAAACCGAAAUUGGAACAGCAGGAAUAAUAAAGAUCAUUGCUCGACACGGAACCGCGCCGAACCCUGAACGAGACUAAAAAAAAACGCAUCCUCCGGCGAAAAUGGCAGUUGAAAACAACCUCUUGAGAAUAGAUUUGCGUUGUUUUGGCUGCCAUUGUCGCCACCACCAUUAUCAUCAUCACCGGCGUCAAUAGACUAGCCAAGAACCGACCGGCCAACAGCACUAGGAACCGGUCACGUUGAUUUCAUAAGGAGGUUUGCCUUCAGGGAAGGAAAUCUUUCGGACGAGCUGUGUGCCAUUCUUCGGUGGUAGAAGUGACAGGAAAGUGGAAGCUACUUUCGAGUGAAGUAAAGGUCCUAUCUUCGUUUUCCCUAGCCUUCUAGAGGAUCUAAAGUAAACCUCUAUCGACCUCCAUGCUCGGAAACAGUAGCGAAUGAAAAGAGUAUACAAAUUAACUAAUCUUCACAAAUAGCUGUGCUAAUAAGACAGAAAGAGGGUUUCCGUCGGUUUCCUUAUCAGAUGAAUGUUUUGUCAUCGAUCUCAUUCACGCCGUCGACAUCGUCACCAUCACCUCCUCCUACUAGUACUGCACCCGCCACGGCACCAUCCUAGGACUAAGACCUCCAAUUUCGUAAACCGCAACGACAGCAUUUAAUUCGUGCCAAGAUAAUCUGGAAUCUAAUUUCCAAGCGAACCCGAGCGAAAAAGAUCGUAUCAGGAGUUAGAAGAAUCGACAAAAAGUAGAAUAUUUAGCUUUUUGUAGCAACCAAAGACCGGUUAGGAACGGAACGCACAUAUCCGAUCCUCACACGAGCGUAGACGGACCUUCUUCUCACCGAAGGAAGGAAGUAUUAGGACAACCAACAGCCCACGGUGUGCCUCAACAAGCCACAGCAGCAUUUCCCUUUUCAGACUGUUUUUCUGUCCGAAAUUGAAACCAAAAAAAAACUAGUGUAUACAUUUAGGCGUAAAGUGACUACUAUCCUUCCACACUCCCACGCAAAUCUGUUGGGAGUGUGCCCUAAAACAGACCCGCAACCCUAGCAGUAAUCUACAAUCUAAACUCGAAUAGUGCGUAUUAGCCGAAAUGGGUAACAAAUGUUGCAGCAAACGCCAGGACCAGGAGUUGGCCCUCAGCUACCCGGGCGGGUACAAAAAGGGCGAAAACUCCUUCACAUCCAACAUGUCCGGCCCGAAGCACAGCAAUGGAGGCGGAGGGUCGCUGGACUCGCGCUACACGCCGGACCCCAACCGAGGGCAGCUCAUCAAGGGAAUCCCCAAGGGGGGAGUUGACAUCAUCCGACCGAGGACGACACCACUGCACCCCGGUUUGAGCACCCGACGGAUAGUGGUGGCCCUGUACAACUACAAUGCCCGCGAGGAAACCGACGUCAGCUUUGUCAAAGGUGACCGGAUGGAGGUGCUGGACGACACCGAAUCGGACUGGUGGCGCGUGGUGCACCUGAAGACGCGCCAGGAGGGCCUGAUUCCGUGGAAUUUCGUGGCCGAGGACCGAAGUGUUAACAGUGAAGACUGGUUCUUUGAGAACGUCUCGCGGAAGGAAGCGGACAAACUGCUCCUGGCGGCGGAGAAUCCCCGGGGCACCUUCCUGGUGCGACCGUCCGAGCACAAUCCCAACGGUUUCUCGCUCUCGGUCAAGGACUGGGAGGAAAGCAGAGGCUACCACGUGAAGCACUACAAAAUCAAACCACUGGACAACGGUGGCUAUUACAUCGCAACGAAUCAGACCUUCCCCUCGCUACCUGCACUGGUGCUGGCGUAUUCAAAGAAUGCCCUCGGGUUAUGCCACGUGCUGUCUAGUCCAUGUCCAAAGCCACAGCCACAGGUGUGGGAUCUGGGUCCGGAGCUGCGCGACAAGUGGGAAAUCAACCGGAACGAGAUUCAGCUGAUUCGCAAGCUGGGUCAUGGCAACUUCGGUGAGGUGUAUUACGGCAAGUGGCGCAACAAUAUCGAAGUUGCGGUCAAGACCCUCCGAGAGGGCACGAUGUCCACACAGGCGUUCCUGCAAGAGGCAACCAUCAUGAAGAAAUUCCGUCACAGUAGGUUAGUCGCUUUAUACGCGGUCUGUUCCAAGGAGGAACCGAUCUACAUCGUCCAGGAGUACAUGUCCAAGGGCAGUCUGCUGGACUAUCUGCGAACGGGUGACGGACAGUUCCUACAGUUUGAAGACCUUAUCUACAUUGCGGCCCAGGUGGCAUCCGGUAUGGAAUACCUGGAACUGAAGCAGUUGAUACAUCGAGAUCUGGCGGCCCGGAAUGUGCUGAUAGGGGAGAACAACGUAGCGAAGAUCUGUGAUUUUGGAUUGGCGCGGGUGAUAGCGGACGACGAAUACUGUCCCAAGCAAGGAUCUCGAUUCCCGGUCAAGUGGACCGCACCAGAGGCGAUAGUGUACGGCAAGUUCUCGAUCAAGUCGGACGUCUGGUCGUACGGUAUCCUGCUGAUGGAACUGUUCACCUACGGUCAGGUGCCGUACCCGGGAAUGCACAGUCGCGAAGUUAUCGAGCAGAUCGAGCGGGGCUACCGAAUGCCAAAGCCAACGAAUCACACCCUGCCGGACGAUAUCUACAGCCUGAUGCUCAAGUGCUGGGAUGCAAUACCGGAGAAGCGCCCGACGUUCGAGUUCUUGAACCACUACUUCCAGAACUUCACCGUCACCUCGGAGGUGCCCUAUCGAGAGGUGCAAGACUAAUGGGCCUCUGGCGCGGCGGGGUUCGUCUUAAGUGAGAAUGAGUCUGAGCGAUCUUUUCGGUUUAGUUUUAGCAAGUUUGGGUUUUGUCGUUCUUUCGGGUAGAUCGUCCUCCUCUCUAAUUGCUACACUAGAACGUUAGAAUUUGUAAUCAUCACCUUGGUAAACGCAUUGUGAAGCGCGACUGCACACAAACACACACUGAGACAUAUACACGAACACACAAACAAGCGGAAACAUUUACAACACUGCUAGAAGGCUAAUCGUAUGUUCGUAAACGUAUAAAAAUGUAGCGUGAAAUUGAAGCGAUCGCAAACAGCCAAGUUUGUUUUAUUAGUGGGCUAGAUUUUUAGUAGGUUUGGAAAUGACGCGCGAAAAGACAGUCGAAGUUGUGGGAGGAAAACGAAACUAGUGGAUGUACCGUAAAAGUACGUCAUGGGUGGUUGUUAUGAUAGGGUCGUUCACAUUGUUUGCUAGCGUUGUGAAAUUUCUGUCGAUGAAGUUUUAAAUAAAUCCGUACAUGAAGAUUGUUGCUGUUUAAGGACGAAAUCAAGUCUUCUGGAGCUGAAGUUAAAA